CUGCUGGAAGUGGAGUGAAGGAGUGGCAGUCGUUAAAGCGAGGUCAGUGAAUCACCUCGUCAGCCCCGGCAGAGCGGCAGUCGCUCCGUGGAGUGGACACCGAGCUGCGCGGUCGAAGACCCUUUUACGCACCGGGAGAACUACCUCAAAACGCAAAUAGUGAGGGAUCCAGCACUCCCCUCCCUAUAAUCUCCUGGAAUAUUGUGUUUCAUUGUUUGCAACACAUUUUGAAAUUAUCAGUUUAAAAGCAGAAUUAUUCCUCCUUAAGCAGAAUGAAGGAAUUUACACCUUUCUUCCACAUGAUUCUUGUUGCGCUACUUGUCGCUAUCGUCUCAGCGACCAAGUUCAAUGUACCACGGCUGAGACUUUCAUACAAAGACCUGCUGUCCACCAACAGGUCAUCUAUCUUCAGUGGUCAUCAUGGCCAGCUCUUUCUUACGGCUGUCUUCCUGGAUGAGUACCGUGACCGCCUCUUCCUGGGAGGGAAAGACGUUCUGUACUCUCUCAUGCUGGGACCUGCCAGCAGCGAGUCCAAGGAGAUCUACUGGCCCCCGUUACCUGGCAACAGAGAGGACUGUAUUGAAACAGGGAAGGAGCAGAUGGAGUGUGCCAACUUUGUCCGCCUCCUGCAGCCCUACAACCGCACUCACCUCCUUGCCUGUGGCACCGGUGCAUUCCAGCCCAUGUGUGCCUUCAUCUAUGUGGGGCACAGAGGAGAGCAUAUGUUCACAAUGGACCCUACGAAUGUGGAAAAUGGACGAGGAAAAGUUCCUCAUGACCCCAGCCUCCCCUUCGCUAGCACCUUCAGUGGUGGGGAGUUGUAUACAGGACUGACAGCAGAUUUUCUGGGAAGAGACUCUGUGAUCCUCAGGAGCAUGGGAGGUCGCUCCACUAUGAGGACCGAGACUGACGAGAAGCUUCUUCACGACCCCAAGUUCAUCGCUGCCCACCUCAUCCCAGACAACGACGACAGAGACAAUGAUAAAGUGUAUUUCUUCUUCACCGAGAAAGCCACGGAGGCAGGGGACAGGGAGGGGGCCAUACACACACGUGUGGGACGAGUGUGUGCGAAUGAUGUUGGAGGCCAGAGAGUGCUGGUGAACAAGUGGAGUACCUUCAUCAAAGCCAGACUGGUUUGUUCUGUACCAGGACCUCAUGGCAUCGACACACACUUCAACCAACUGGAGGAUGUUUUCCUGCUUAGGACCAAGGAUGAGAGGAACCCAGAUGUCUAUGCAAUCUUUAGUACUAUCAGCAAUGUGUUCCAGGGUUUUGCUGUGUGUGUUUACCGUAUGGCUGAUAUCAGAGAAGCCUUCAACGGACCUUUCGCUCAUAAAGAGGGUCCUGACUACCAGUGGGGUGCUUAUGAAGGCAGGGUCCCUUAUCCAAGACCAGGGGUGUGCCCCAGUAAAAUCACCAACCAGCCUGGCAGAGAGUUUGGCAGCACAAAGGAUUUCCCCGAUUCAGUGCUUCACUUUGCCCGCAGCCACCCGCUGAUGUGGCGGUCGGUGUAUCCAGCUCUGCGCCAGCCUGUGCUUGUAAAGGCCAACAUUCCCUACAAGCUAAAACAAAUCGUUGUGGAUCGGGUUGAGGCAGAGGACGGGCAGUAUGAUGUCAUGUUCAUUGGCACAGAUAUUGGUACAAUAUUGAAGGUCAUUGCCCUGCACAGUGGAAACAGUCUUGAGAGAGAGGAAGUCACACUGGAGGAGCUACAAGUCUUCAAAGUGCCAACUCCAAUUACAUCAAUGGACAUAUCUGUGAAAAGGCAAGCCCUUUAUGUGGGCUCUCCAGCAGGUGUGGCGCAGGUGAAGCUACAUCGCUGUGAGACUUAUGGGAAAGCCUGCGCAGAGUGCUGCCUGGCCAGAGACCCUUAUUGCGCCUGGGAUGGAUCAUCAUGCGCGCGAUAUGUACCCAACAGCAAACGCCGCUACCGCCGGCAGGACAUCAGGCAUGGGAACCCGGUGCUGCAGUGUAUGGAUCAGAAUCUGAGUGAAGACCUGGAUAUGACCGAGGACAGGGUGGUCUAUGGAACCGAGAACAACAGUACCUUCCUGGAGUGUGUUCCUCGCUCUCCACAAGCUACUAUAACCUGGCUCGUCCAGCACAACGACCACAAGGAAGAGGUGAAGCUAGAUGAUCGGGUGAUGUCUACGGAGCAGGGUCUCCUGUUUCGUCGUCUCUUCCGUCAGGAUGAAGGUGUGUACAUCUGCCGCUCCCGAGAGCAUGGCUUCACGCAGACUCUGGCCCGACUCACCCUCGAAGUCCUCCAGGGGGAGACAGUGGAUGAGCUCAUGGCACGCGACAACACCGGCCUCUCUGACUCGUUCAAAGACCGGUCUACAGGAAACUACAGGGCCUGGAUGCCUUGUAGCGGAUACAGCAGGGGCGGCGCAAGCCAAAUCGGCCAAUCCCGUACAUGGUUCAAAGAUAUCAUGCAGCUGAUCGGGCCGUCGAACCUGCCACACGUGGAGGAGUACUGCGAGAGGAUGUGGUGCAAUGAUAAGCUGAGGAGGAAACACAAGAGCAUGCUGGAGAAAUACCGCCAGGCACAGGAGAGUGCCAGGAAGGCUCGUAGCAAGAGCUCCGGCGAACGUAACCGGACACCGCGGGAUCUGAGUGCAUGGGAGGAGUAAUGGAGAGAAUGUAGGAGGGGAAAAGAAGGAGAAAUUGAAAGAGGAAAAAGAGAGAAAGAUUAUAGUACAGGACAAAAUGAAAGGGGCAACAGAAGGAUCAAGAACAGCCUAAUAGUUGAUACUUUGGCACUUGGAAUUGUAAGAAUAAGAUAGAUCAGAACAGUGUGUCUGCUUUAGCUGGCCAUCAAACCUAACAGAAUAGAUUUUAUGAAAUCAGUGUAUAAAAUCAGUGUAUGUGUAGGUCAGGUGCUUGAGGUUGGUUCUGACUGUGGCCCAAAAAGACAGAAGAGUUUGAUUUUCUGGAAAGACAGCGCAAAAAAGAGACUGCUGUUGAACAGAACAAGUUGUUGAUGACAAAAUGAUGUUGACACUGAUAAAGAGGAAACAAGAGACAAUCUUUCAAAUACACUCUGAGGAUGCUAUUUAAAAAUCCUGAUUACCAAGGACUCCUCCCCCUCUCACAACAUUGGCCUUGUAUACUUCUACCGUUAUUGAAAUGGCAGCCACUGCUUUCAUUGCAUCGCAUAAUAUAAGUCAUUCUCCACUGAAAAAAUCUUCAAAAUUUCACAAACCUCAGAUUUAAAAAUAUGUAUGCCUGUGGUUUGACUUUACCAACAGCAGACCCUGUUUUAUGUCUGUUUUUGCAGCAUCAUUGACUCUUGGAUGAACAGUGUGUUGGCUCAUAUCAUUGUGUUAACUAUCUCAUUAGACUUCAAGCAGCACUAGUCCAGUUUUUCAUGUAAAAAUCCAUGCUAAAUGCAAACUGGGGCUUCAGCAGAGAGUGCAUUAUAUUUGCAUACUUGCAUCUUUGGACUACAAAGUAGCAAAUUUGCCAAGUGCAGCUUUGACAAAUAAAAUUACUUUCCACUUCUUUUUCCUCACUACCAAGUUGGUCAAAUGUUACAAUGCAAUCACUGGAUUUAUCUUCUUCUCUCUAUGUAUUCAACGGCCCAUGUCUUUUGCCUUGUUCUGCACUUGACUUUGUUAUACAAUGUGCAUGUAUGACUUCAGCUCCAGACAUAACUCUCAUAAAUAUUUGUUAGAGGCAUAUGAAGCUAAUGAAGCACACAGACUUAGACAUUCUCUGUAUCACACACACACACACACACACACACACACACACACACACACACACACACACACACACACACACACACACACACACACACACACACACACACACACACACACUCUUACAUAAACUGAAAUCCCUCUAACCCAUCACACUGAGUGCAUAAGCUCAACUAACUCAAACUGGAAGCUACCAUGAGACGACUGUUGAUGGUUCAACAGAUUAAAGGCACAUUGCUUUAUUUUUACUGCGGUGGGCUGAACUUUCCAUUAAACACCAGCUAGAGAUCAAAAUCUCUUCACCGACCCUUAAAGGGAUAUCUCACUGAGGCUCAUUUUCAGGCGUUUGGGGUACAUACUGUACCACCUCUUGGAAUGUGCCUCAGCCAGUCUCCAAUAUUGGCUUCCUUGGGAAUCCUUAGGCAACUAAACUUCACUGAACACCAACUCAGCAAUAAAUCUGUUGAAUAAUUUUUCAAUUCCUUUAGUAACCAUUUAUUUUUUAAAUGUCCAAAACAAAAGAAAAAUUUCUCCCAAACACCCAAAAGAUUUUUAAUUUAUGAUGAGGAAAAACAGGAAAAAAAAUCUUCACACGUGGAUCCAAUGAGUGUUUAGUAAUUUUGCUGUUGAUAAAAUAAUUAUCAAAUUUGUGCACUAUUUUGGGUGAUUCACUGACACUAUUCAACAAGCUAAACUCAAGUAACAUAUUUUCUUUGAUCCCAGGUUCAAACACACAUAUCAUACAGUAUGUUUACUAUAACCACGCAUUUGCCAUUUAAGGACAACUUACAUAACCUGACCUCUCUGUGGUAACCCCACCUCACAUGUUAAUCAGCCACUAAACUCGUUUUCCCACUGUUCCUCUGUGUGCUGUAGCUUUCCGGUGACAAUAGAGGGAACAAUAGAGGGGUCAACUUUAAUGACGGACUCCUCUUGUCUUUCUGCUUUGGAAACACUGGUUUUAAGACGGUUCAUGGUUUGAACAUAGUAUAAUCCGCACUGCUGUUUUCGACAGUUUUGUUGUUAAAAUAUAACUUUUUACCGUUUCUCAAUCAAAAAAAGGUUUUCCCUCUAUACGAGACUGAACAAUAAAGAUAGAGACACAUGCCAGAUAAAGAAAAAAUGUGGCUUUGAAUAGGGGGAGAUGUGAUCAUUGUAAGUGCAUGUGGUAUAAACUGUACAAAAAUGAUCUCUGAUUAUUAAAUUCAUUAAAGACAGCAACAUACAUUCAGAAAUACAAUCAGUAAGUAGCCAAGUGCAGUAGAAGCCAAAGUACUGAGGACGUCCUACAUGGCUGCCAAAGGGUGUGUGAAAUCCCUGUAAUAUGUAUACAUAUGGAAGAUGGAUAUCUAUUCUGCGAGCCCUCCAAUUGCUUGAAAUUAGCUAGGAAGCAACAAUACCACCAAUGAAUUUGGUGACUUUUUGUGACCUUCAUUGCCUGUGAAUGGCCUCUCAGAGGACAAGUGGAAAUAGAAGAGGAAUGGGGAUGGGGAGAAGAAAGAAGAGAGAGCUAAAAAAUAAGGUACUAUAAGCAUCUUGUAAAGCUGUAUUUGCAAUUUAUAAAGAUCCUCAUCCCCGUGAAAAUACAUUUAUCCACAAUUCAUCAGUAUGAAGUCAGUAUAACAGUGACACACUUAAGCACAUGUUUUACUGUCUUAGUUUGAGGAUUGUGAGACUGGCUAUUAGAUUCAAAUUCUAGUGUUUCCGCUAAAAAUACUGCUUAUGAUGUAUAUCUAAACUGAAAGAAAAUGAUAGAAUGACAGGAGGAUGGUGUGCAUGAAACAAAGAGACAGAUAGUUGGUAGGAUAAAAAAGAGUUAAAACUUGAUUUAUCUUUAAAAUUACCCUUGAUAAAAGUUCCUUUUCUCUGUAACAAUUUUAUAUUUUAAUUCUGUCAUGAUUCUGUGGCCACACAAGUUCUCGGUCUGGUCUGCUCUGGUCUAUGACGAUGAUAAAAGCAAUUUUUUUUUUUGUUGGUUUGUUGUGGUGGUGGUAUCAGAUUUGCUCUAAAUCCUGAAUUACUGUCAUCAGAAAAUUUUAAACUGUUUAUACUGUAGUUUUCGCAACUAUGAUUGUGAAUUUAGGGUUUCAAAUUGUCUAAAAAUGUAAGUUUCCAUUUUAAAGCAACUGUCAUAAGAUGGAACGGCCAAAAUAAAUGCUGUAUGUCUUUUUGCUGGAGAGUUUUUUGAGACUUAUAAUACUUCAGAAUGACAUCAGUAACUCGUGCAUUUGUGCAAAUAUGGAAUUAGUAGUAGCAGACAAAAAUGUGCCAUUACACACUAAAUAUCAUAAAUAUUUGUGCACAUUCAAAACAGACAUUUUAAAGUCCUCAAAUGCAUUUGAGUUGUUGAACAGUUGUAGAAAGUGUGUUGUUGUAUUGCAACUGACAUUUUAUAUAUUUAACUUACUAUUAUGAUGUCCACUCUCUGUAGCUAGUUGUGUUCAGUGCAGUUUCUCAAUAUUUUUUUUCAACUUGUAUCUAAAAAAACAGUUUGAAUUCACAGCACUUGUCCUGCCCUAAUGCUCAACUGUAGUACUUUGCAGUGUAUAUAGAAAACCACCCGAUAGAUUUAUCAUUUGACAAGGAUUCAAACACUCAUCGAUAUUGUAAUAGCUAUUGUAAAACUGGGGCAGGGUUUCCCUCCUGCUAACGUACAGCAGGUGAUUUCAGUGAUUAGCUGACCCUCCUGGUUGGUGGUGUGCUAAUUAAUAAAUGCCUGCACAUGCUCUGACCUCCACAGCUCCUGUACAUGAAGCAGACAGGAGGUUCAGUCAGUAGUAAAAUGUUGACGAAGAGACUGCAGUUAAAACAUUUAAGUGGUUUAUCCAUGACUAUGGUAUCCAGGAACUUGUCAGCAGUCCAACUAGCACACUAUGGUAAUAAUUUUGAACUUGAAUAGUUCUAGAAGCAUGGUUUCCUUACUGAAAAUAGUUUUUACUGAACAUACAAACAACACCACCUCUCUCAAUAUAGAAUUUAGGUUAAAAGACAUAAAGAUCCUUGGAUUAAAAAUGAACAUAUAACUUGGUGAAAUGUCCAUCAUUUCAUUGUACUGUAAAAAUGUGGGCUGGUUGUGGGGUCUCUGACAGAAACAGCCUAAUUUAAAUCUGUAUUUAUGUUUUAUUUAAGUGUCUUUCUUCAAUGCAUGCUGUGUAGUUGUAUGCUA